AUGAAUUACGAUGAACCGUUUCAAAUGGACGAGGAGCUUCCCGGCCAAGACAACGUGGUGAUUCCGUCCCAGUCGUUAUCUGAUGAUAUCACUCCCAGAUAUACCGACCCAACCUCAUCCAUAUACUACGACCACCAGCUCAUACGAUCCAAAUUGGCCCACCUUCGGUUGGAUACGGGCAACAACACCACCACCGAGGAUGAAAGCGUGGACGAAGUCAACAAGAGCGGAAAGAACCAGUAUGACGAAGACAUCGACGACAAUUUGGACCUCAAGCUCCAGUCAAAACUCAACCAGGAGUACCACGCAAAGUACGACACGUUUGACGUGCUAACACAACCUUUGGCACCACCGGAAAACUUUGCUCCUGUCAUCAACAAGAUCUACCGCUCGUCGUUCCCGCAGCCCAACAAUUUCAGUUUCUUGAAGAAAUUGAAACUCAAGUCGAUUUUCUGCUUGAUUCCCGAGGAGUAUCCCGAACUCCAGGCCGAGUUCUUGAAGCACGAGAACAUCAAGUUGUUCCAGUUGGGGAUGUCGGGAAACAAGGAACCGUUUGUCAAAAUUAGCUCCGAAUUAAUCACCGAAGCCAUCAAGGUGGUUAUAGAUCCCGCCAACCAUCCAAUCUUGAUCCACUGCAACAGAGGCAAGCACAGAACUGGAUGCUUGGUAGGAGUGCUAAGGCGUUUGCAGAAAUGGUCCCUCACAAUUAUUUUUGACGAGUACAGAAAGUUUGCUGCUCCCAAAGAACGGCCCAUGGACCAGCAGUUUAUCGAGUUGUACGACGAAACUGAGAUCAUUAAGUAUGCCGAGGAAAACAACUUAUUGCCGUUGGCAUGGGAAUAG